GCGAGUUGCGCCGUCUUUCACGACUCUGCCCCCAAGUGACAAAGGAACUGAGAGACAUUGCGCGUGUUGCUGUCAAGGCGGGUAAACAUACCCUGAACGGUUGAUUGAACGGCUGUGCGUGUGGCUACGUCUUGACUGGAUGUUGUGAAUUGCUGCCCCAGCCACAGUUUGUAGAAAAUGACGGUUAAACACAAUCAAGUACUCAUCUUACUGAUUCUGACUCUUUCUUUCAUCAAUGACUCAGCUUCCACGUGUCCUGGGGGAGUGGCUCAUUUUGGAAGACAAUACACAAUUGUAGGUGACAGAAGCAGCUUCAAAGGCUUUAUAUGGGGACAACCAUCUGGUGGCAGUUUUUCACUGAAUGUCGUAACCUGCAACCUCAACUGUAGCCCCGUGACUGGAUACAGUGCAACAAAGAACGCAACACACUCUACACUCACUAUAAGCAGCUUCAAGCCUGCAGAUGCUGGAACCUGGAGCAUACGGGACGCAAACGAUGCCAGUGCUAAACCUGUCGACGUGUGUCAGCUAAAGGCAACUAAUUCCACGUGUCCGGGGGGUGUCGGUCUGCUUGGAACAGAAUACACAAUAGUAGGUGACAGAAGCAAGUACACAGGCUUUGUGUGGGUACGACCAACUGAUGGCCGGUAUGUCGUCACCUGCAACCCCAGCUGCAGCCCGGUGGCUGGGUACAGGGCAACCAUGAAUGCCACACACUCUACACUCACUAUACACAGUGUUGGGGUGGCAGAUGCUGGUACAUGGAAGAUCGUUGAUGCGAAUGUAGUGGGUGCCAUCCCUGUCGGCGUGUGUCAAAUGACGACAGAAAAUGUGUCUUCAAAUACAACUGACACAUCCCCGCUAAUUGUUUCCUUGCCUACAACGGCUGGGACACACACAUCAGCAGAUUCCACGUGUCCGGGGGGUGUCGGUCUGCUUGGAACAGAAUACACAAUAGAAGGUGACAGAAGCAACUAUACAGGCUUUGUGUGGGUACGACCAACUGAUGGCCGGUAUGUCGUCACCUGCAACCCCAGCUGCAGUCCGGUGGCUGGAUACAGUGCAACGAACGACACAGACUCUACACUCACUAUACACAGUGUUGGAGUGAUUGAUACUGGUACAUGGAAGAUCGUGGAUGCGACUGUGGUGGGUGCCAUCCCUGUCGGCGUGUGUCAGCUGACGACAAUUGGAUCAUCGUCCAGCCGUCUCUCUUCUUCAACAACUCCAAGGUCCACCACAGUUAACGUUGUGGAGGGUAGGUUUCCUGUAGGUGCUAUUGUCGGAAUUGUGAUCUCCAUCGUGAUCGUUCUUGCUAUAAUAGUCAUUUUAGUUAUAUUAUUCCGUGCACCACGUGGACAGAAAGGAAAAUACAUUUUACUAAAGGUCGGAGGUUUAUGCUGGUGCAGAAAGUAGAAGCAACUCAUAUACUGAUAUCUUGAUUUAAUGUCCAGUACUUGCAUCUACAAAAAAGCUUGUGUAAGAUAAGACGUAUCUGGAUAUAUAAAUCUCAAUAUCAAAUGUUGCUUUCCUGAAUAUCAAAUGCAUAUGUAAAGUGUUCAAAUCUAAAGUUAUUAAACAUUUCUUGAAGACAUAUCAAUUAAGUACCACCCAUAUUUUUGUGAUUGAGUCAUUUUACUUGCGGCGUAGUGCGUUCCAGAUGACUCUGAGUAUCAAAUGCUGUCAUAAAACAUUUAGAAAGCAAGGCUUUUAUUUGGAACAAGGAAUUUAUUGUGAUUUGUUGGCAUCUUUAGGAACACAUCAAAGUGAAAAUUACUGUUGCCACUCAAUAAUUAUUUAACUUCUUCAAAUCAGUCUGCAUCAACAGAAUCCCAAACCGGAAGAUGCGAAAAAAACUGUUCUUGUCAAUAUUUCGUGUAACUACCCUGCAUACUGACGGGACACGUCUCAUCAUUUCAUGAAUCACAUGGUGCACUUGACGCUGAGAUAUUCAAGUCCACUUUGCACGCAAGGCAGCAGCAAGUUCAUGUUUAUAUUGGACAGGUAAAUCUGUUUGAAGCACUUGAUGGCCUAAAAUGUCCCACAGAUGUUCUACUGGAUUAUGAGCUGGACUUAAGUGUCUCGAUGGGAUUCUGACGCAUGUGAUCUCUGAUAAGGUCAAGUUUACAAUUGAAUGAAACACAUCCCCAUACCACAUACCAAAUGGAUGGGUCUCUAGAAUGUUGUUUGUUGUGAUGCUUGGUCCGCCUUCUGGCUCUGUAUCCAACUGCUUACAGACAAUUUCUGAUGUUUCUGAUUGAAAUGGCUCUGCCUGGCAGCAACUGUGCCUUUAAAAUUGUUCAGUUGUCAAUGGACGUCGCCUUACGAGCCUCAAUAAUCUUCUCUCCUGGAUGUCUCCAUGACAUCCCUGCAGUUUUUAUUUGUUAUUGUUUUUUUAAGAUUUUAUUUGUUUGUUUGUUUGUUGUUUAACGCCGGACUCAGCAGUAGUCAAGCUAUAUGACGGCGGUCUGUAAAUAAUCGAGUCUGGUCCAGACAAUCCAGUUCUUGACAUCAUGAGCAUCGAUCGACACAAUUGGGAUCGAUGACAUGCAUCAACCAAGUCCACGUGCCUGACCACCCGAUCCCGUUAUUAGCCCCUUACGACAAGUAUAGUCGCCUCUUUCGGCAAGCAUGGGUUGCUGAAGACCCAUUCUACCCCGGAUAUUUGCGGGUCCCCUGCAGUUUUCAUUCCAAUAAUCUGCCAUCUUAACGCUUCAGACAUUCCACAAUAUGCCACGAUAAUGCUUUGUGAUGUGCAUGCUGCCUGUGUCGAGCAAUGUGUAUCUGAAAUGUUCACGACUAAUAUGUGUUCUCUGGACUUGUCAUGGGUGUUAUGCUUCAUGUACAGUGUGUGCAACUUUUACCACCUUGACAGUGAUAUUGAAUGACAUGGUGUUGGGAAAGAGCCAUAAUAUAUGUACGGAUCCAAUUUACUCAUUUUGAAAACCUACCAUUGUGUCGUUUUGAUUAUGUCAUGCUGAACUAAUUUCCUGGUGUAGAGCUAUUAGCUUUUGCAAAUCCGCAAUCAUAAAGUAGACAAAUGUAAAUUUAUCAGAAAUAAAAAUAGGAUCUGAA